AUGGUGGAAAACAUACUUGACAUAUUUCUAUCGAACAGCAAUUCUGAUGAAUUUGAGGGAUUUACAGAAGCAGAUAUUGAAGCAAUAGAGAGAAGAAGUAUCGGUAGUGAUAUUUCUCUAUCUGAUUUUGAGGAUUCAUCUUCGGAAGAAGAGUCAGAGGAGGAAAUAGACGACGCAACCUGGUCACGACAGUUACACAAACCAAACGUGACUGAAUUUACAGAGGAAGUUGGCCCAUCUUUUGUGCUGGACGAGGACAAGAAAGAAUUGGAUUUUUUCUUGAAAUUCUUUCCUACAACCUUGAUUGAAAAAAUUGUGGAAGAAACCAACGGUUAUGCCGCGAGAUCAAUUGUCACACGACCCGACAAAAUUUGGGUGCCUACCACGAUUCCCGAGAAGAUGGCGUUCUUAGGAAUCCACAUCAUUUUUUCAGUCCUCGGAGUGCCGUCAUAUACACUGGCGUGGAAAUCAACAUGGCCAUUUGAAAUACCCAGUAUUCCAACCAUCAUGACCAGGACUCGUUUUGAAAGAAUCUCAAAAUAUUUCCAUAUGAAUGACACCACACAAAACCCAGCCCGAGGACAACCAAGACAUGACAAACUGUGUCACAUCAGGCCAGUUAUUGACAAACUCUCUGAAACUUGUCAUGAAAACUAUCAUCCCCACAAAGAACAAUCAGUUAAUGAAGGUAUGAUAGCUUUUAAAGGAAGACUGUCCUUUAAACAGUACUUGCCAGCCAAGCCAACUAAAUUUGAGAUUAAAGUGUGGGAACGAGCCUCACCAAAAAAUGGAUACGUGCACGAGUUUCAAAUGUAUAUGGUACGUGAAGCUGGCGGUUGUACAGAAGAAGGAUUAGGAUCUCGUGUUGUGAAAGACUUGACUCGGAAACUUGUUCACAAGUCUCAUGUUGUUUACAUGGACAAUUUCUUCUCAAGUCCCGAACUAUACGAACAGCUGUUACGUGAAGGUGUUUACUGUUGUGGAACCAUUCGAGUGAACCGUCGUGGUAUGCCAGAGGCCAUAAAGAGUGCGAAAUUAAAGAAUAGGGGUGACAGUCUAACAAUGCAGAAAGGAAAUCUUGUAGCCACUGCUUGGAAGGGCAAAAAAGUUGUUACUUAUCUAAGUACAAACUGUGACCCUACUCAUGAAAGGAUCAUGCAAAGGCAUCAGAAAGAUGGAACUAGAAAAGAUGUGUCAGCUCCUAGUGUCUCAGAACUGUACAUGUUUGGAGUUGACUUAGCGGAUCAGAAGAGGAUGCAGUACUCUACCUGCAGAAAGGCCAAAAAAUGGUACAAAUACUUGUUUUGGUUUUGCUUCGACUUGGCCGUAAAUGCACUCAUCUGUAUGCAGGAAUCGCCCAACCACAAACUGAGAACCAAAACAAACAAAGAAAAAAAAAAGGACCCAACUGGACUUCAGAAAGGCUUUGGCCCAGCAAAUGAUUGGAGACUUCAGGGGUAG